AUGAGUGCAGGUUUGCUCCGACUGAAGUUGCCGAAGUUACUCAGUAGUCAUCGCUUUGCAAGCAAUGCUGUCGGUCGUCGAGACUUCAAAAAGGUCAUGGUGGCCAAUAGAGGCGAAAUUGCCAUAAGAGUGUUCCGUGCUUUAACAGAGCUAAAUAUGACUUCGGUAGCUAUUUACAGUGAGCAAGAUAAACAUUCAAUGCAUAGACUAAAAGCGGAUGAAGCGUUCCUCGUUGGAAAAGGUUUACCUCCUGUAGCAGCUUAUUUAUCCAUUGAUCAAAUAAUUGAAACAGCUCUAAAACAUAACAUUGAUGCAGUUCAUCCGGGGUACGGUUUCCUUUCCGAAAGAUCAGACUUCGCCCAAGCAUGUACCAAUGCGGGCAUAGUUUUUAUCGGUCCGAGCUCAGACGUUAUGGCUCGAAUGGGUGAUAAAGUUGCGGCCAGGCAAGCAGCUAUUGAAGCAGGAGUUCAAAUAGUACCUGGAACACCUGGGCCCAUAUCGAAUGCAGAAGAGGCCAUUGAAUUUGCCAAACAGUAUGGAACACCUAUCAUCCUCAAAGCCGCGUAUGGUGGGGGCGGAAGAGGCAUGCGCAAAGUUAAUAAUAUUAAUGAGGUGGAGGAAGCUUUCACGCGAGCCUAUUCUGAAGCACAAGCUGCUUUUGGGGAUGGAAGCCUGUUUGUAGAAAAAUUUGUCGAACGUCCUAGGCAUAUUGAAGUUCAAUUACUUGGCGACAACUACGGGAACCUGAUACAUCUGUAUGAAAGAGACUGUUCUGUACAAAGGAGACAUCAGAAAGUUGUAGAAAUCGCACCUGCUCCUGCACUUCCAAGCGGAGUGAGAGAAAAAAUUCUGAAUGAUGCGAUUCGACUAGCAAAACAUGUAGGCUACCAGAACGCAGGAACUGUUGAAUUUUUGGUAGAUCAAAAAGGAAAUUAUUAUUUCAUUGAAGUCAACGCUAGAUUGCAAGUAGAGCACACCGUGACCGAAGAAGUAACGGGAGUUGAUUUGGUGCAAGCUCAAAUCAGAGUGGCAGAAGGAAAAACAUUAGAUGAUUUGAAAUUACAUCAAGAUUCCAUUGUUCCUCAUGGAUCCGCCAUACAAUGUCGAGUUACAACUGAAGAUCCUGCUAGAGGUUUCCAACCAGACUCUGGCCGAAUUGAGGUAUUCCGGUCCGGGGAAGGUAUGGGAAUUCGAUUGGAUUCAGCUUCGUCAUAUGCGGGAUCAGUUAUUUCGCCGCAUUAUGAUUCUCUAUUGGUCAAAGUCAUAGCUUCAGCUCGUAAUCAUCCAAAUGCUGCUGCUAAAAUGAUAAGAGCGUUGAAAGAAUUCAGGAUUCGAGGAGUAAAGACCAAUAUCCCAUUCCUGUUGAACGUUUUGAACCAGCCAUCAUUCAUUGAUGCGUCUGUCGAUACAUACUUCAUUGAUGAGCACCCAGAGUUAUUCCAGUUUAAACCUAGUCAAAAUAGAGCUCAGAAGUUAUUGAAUUAUCUUGGUGAAGUUCAGGUUAACGGACCCACUACUCCUCUGGCAACAGACUUGAAGCCCGCUGUAAUAAACGUGCCCGUGCCAACUUUAAAUGCGGGUCUCCGAAGACCUCCUGGUUUGCGAGACGUUCUCCUACAAAAAGGUCCAGAAGGUUUCGCUCGUUAUGUCAGAAACAACAAAGGUUGUCUUAUCACUGACACAACAUUCAGAGAUGCACAUCAAUCUCUGUUAGCUACUCGAGUUCGAACUUACGACCUAGAGAAGAUUUCACCGUUUGUGAGUCAUUCGUUUUCAAACUUGUUUUCUUUAGAAAACUGGGGAGGAGCUACAUUCGAUGUUUCUAUGCGUUUUCUACAUGAAUGUCCAUGGGAAAGAUUGCGUUCGUUGAGAUCAUUGAUCCCUAAUAUUCCUUUCCAAUGUUUGCUCCGUGGUGCGAACGCUGUUGGAUACAGUAACUAUCCGGACAACGUAACUUACAAGUUCUGCGAGUUAUCAAAAAAAAAUGGAAUGGAUAUUUUUCGAGUUUUUGAUUCUCUAAACUAUUUACCCAAUCUCCUAGUAGGCAUGGAAGCUGCAGGAUCAGCCGGAGGAGUUGUUGAAGCUGCAAUUGCGUACACAGGAGAUGUUUCUGAUUCUUCAAGAUCUCAGUAUGAUUUACAAUAUUACCUUGAUUUGGCCGAGCAGUUGGUUAAAGCUCAAGCCCACAUUCUCUGUAUCAAGGAUAUGGCUGGUGUUCUGAAACCACAAGCAGCGAAAAUAUUAAUUAGUGCUCUCCGAGACAAGUUUCCCGAUAUUCCAAUCCAUGUCCAUUCUCAUGACACAGCUGGAGCUGGAGUAGCAGCAAUGCUAGAAUGUGCAAAGGCCGGAGCCGAUGUGGUUGAUGCCGCCGUGGACAGCAUGAGCGGAAUGACCAGUCAGCCAAGUAUGGGAGCAAUCGUUGCAUCUUUGCAGAGAACAGAGCAUGACACUGGUUUAUCGUUGGAAAACAUAUCGAAAUACUCGGCAUAUUGGGAAUCAGCUAGACAACUUUAUGCUCCUUUCGAAUGUGCUGUUACGAUGAAGAGUGGUAAUGCCGAUGUGUAUAAACAUGAAAUUCCUGGAGGACAGUAUACUAACUUACAGUUCCAGGCCUUUUCAUUGGGUUUAGGUAACCAAUUCGAUGAAGUCAAAAGAAUGUAUAGAGAAGCUAAUCUUGUUCUUGGUGAUAUAAUUAAAGUUACUCCAUCUUCGAAAAUUGUGGGAGAUCUUGCUCAGUUCAUGGUUCAAAAUAAUCUCACCAGAGAAACACUGGUAGACCGCGCUGACGAUUUAUCUUUUCCUAAAAGUGUUGUAGAUUUCAUGCAGGGAAAUGUAGGCCAGCCACCUUAUGGUUUUCCUGAGCCACUGAGAACAAAAAUUCUUCGUGGCAAGAAAAAAUUGGAAGGUCGUGUAGGAGAAUCAUUAGCACCUCUGAAUUUGGAGAAGCUAAAGAAAGAAUUAGAAGAUAAACAUGGACGGAACUUAACAGAAGAAGAUUGCAUGUCUCACGCAAUGUUCCCGGAAGUAUUCGACAAGUUCGAACAGUUUCGGCAGCGAUUUGGUCCCGUCAGCAAACUUCCAACCAGAAUCUUUUUUACAGGCUUGGAUAUAGCAGAAGAAGUUGAUGUUGAACUCGAAGAAGGUAAGACAUUGGCAAUACAACUACUGGCCGAAGGCAAACUGAACAACGUGGGUGAACGAGAAGUGUUUUUCGACUUGAAUGGACAAAUGAGAAGUAUUUUUGUUCAAGAUACAGACGCUAGCAAAGAAAUAGUAUCUCGUCCAAGGGCGUUGCCAGGAGUGAGAGGAUCUGUUGGUGCUCCGAUGCCAGGUGAGAUACUGGAAAUGAAAGUGAAGGAAGGUGAUAAGGUGACCCCAAAGCAGCCUCUGUUUGUACUUUCAGCAAUGAAAAUGGAAAUGGUUAUUGAUGCUCCAAUCGCUGGGGUAAUCAAAAAAAUAUAUACAACCAAAGGUACUAAAUGCUCGGCCGGUGAUUUAAUUAUUGAUAUUGAACCGUAA